UGCUAAGCCGCAUAAAGUAAAGGUUCACUUAAAUGUACAAAACCCUUUUCCAACACAUAACACCAUAUGAUACCUCAUAUCGUCGAUCAUGUGGCAUUUAUUUAAGGACCGUCUAGGCGUCUACGCCUCUACGUUACAUAAUUAAAUGGGUUUUUCUCUGAUGCCACCCCAUUUUAGAGGGCACCAAUGCACUUCUAUCCUCCGGUUGCCAUCUGUCUCCAACGGCGGAAUAACUAAGGAAUUUCUGCUUAUUGCAACGUCAACUAAGAGCAGCUGCGUAAAAGGGAAAAGAAGGUGAAAAGGGUGGUGCAACUCCCCAUUGAUUGUAAAACUUUUCCUUUAUGGAUAUCUGGUUUUUGGCCAUUUGAAAGCAAGUUGAAGUGGAUGCUUUCCGAAUAAAAAGGUCACUCAGUAAUUCAAUUGCUGUAUAAACAAACAGGCCUCUCUUCUCUUAUGGAAAUACGGAGUAUCAAGUGAACAAUAAUUUUUCUAGCCAGCAAUUCUUAUCCCUUCCUCUCUGCUCGGAUAGCUUUCGUAAGAGCUAACAGCAGAGCUACCACCUACCGUCGCUCCCUCCAUGGUAAUCAGACUGAACUAUUGAGGGGUCAUUCGCGGAGGACCAACGGCGAACGGCGACUCCUAGACAUCCGCCUCCAGGUCGUGGCCGGUGUCCUAAGGAUGACAUCUGGCCUUCCAUCUUUAAGUCGUGGGCCGCGAUUCUGGCCAUCCGUCUCCAACGGCGGAAUAGCUAAGAUCCCUCUGUUUGUGUUCUCGUGCUAGGAGGAUAGAAUCACUACGAGGAACACGUUCUGCAUCACGUGACAUAAAAAACACAUUAGAGCAGCUUCCUUAAUAGAACUAUCAUCAAGCAAAUGUGAAAGCGUUCCCACUAUGAACUCCGAUGAAAAAGAAGUAGAUAGCCCGCACCGUCGAUUGAGUUCUUGCAAACACAACGAUGCAAAAGAAGACAUGGUCACAAGAGAAGAGUUUAAGGAUCUUCGGAAAUCUGUAGAAGAGCUGACGAAGGUUGUCAAUAGUCUAAACCAAGCUAUUGUCAAAAACUCCACCACCAAUGGGUACACUUCACAGCAGCCUCUUUGUGGAGCACCUUUAAUGGUCACCUCAUUCUCCAAUCCCAAAAACUAUCAUUUGGGAAGCCCAACAAACACCAACUUCAUGAAAAUAUUCAAUUUUCCUCUUGAAGAGAAGCUUACGUCUCCACCAACCAAUGAAAGAAAAAAAAUUGCUCAACAGAAGAUAGGAUCUCAAUUUGGAAGGAAAUUGUUCAAACACAAAACUGAAGGAAACUCAUCUGCAUGUUAUCUUAACUAGAACCCAAUGAAUACUCCAUUAUAUGAUGGAAGAUCAUCGGGAAUCAAGAUACCAAAUUGGAUACCUGUUGUGUUUAGACCUGCUCCAAACAUGAUAUUGGAAGAAAUUGAAGCUGCAGUUGUUGCAUACAUAUUUGGCCGGAACAAGGAUGCUCGAUGAUGGAUAAGUGUACCCGGGGGGUAGCUUAUCCGGGGGGUUAUUGCGGGGAAUAACAAGAGAGAAGUCAGAGCAAGUA